AAUCAGGAAGUCCCUCCCCUUCCCACAAACUCUCUUCUGAGGAAACGAAACUUAUCUGAGUCUCUCUGUCGUCUGUCUGUGUGACAGUGAACAACAAGUCCAAAUGGCUCAACAGGGAGUUCUGCUGGACCAGGACCAGUUCUGUUGUUCUGUCUGUCUGGAUCUACUGAAGGAGCCGGUCACUAUUCCCUGUGGACACAGUUACUGUAGGAGCUGUAUUGAGGGCUGCUGGGAUCAGGAUGUCCUGAAAGGGGUCUAUAGCUGUCCUCAGUGCAGAGAGACCUUCACUCCAAGGCCUAAUCUGAGGAAAAAUAACAUGUUGGCUGAGAUGGUGGAGAAACUGAGGAAGACAGGACUCCAGGCUGCUCUCCCUCCUGCUCUGUGCUAUGCUGGACCUGGAGAUGUGGUGUGUGAUUUCUGCACUGGGACCAGAAAGCAGAAAGCCCUCAUGUCCUGUCUGGCGUGUCUGGCCUCUUACUGUGAGACUCACCUCCAAUCUCACUAUGAAUCUCCUGCUUUCAAGAAGCACAAGCUGGUCAAAGCCACGGCACAACUACAGGAGAAGAUCUGCUCUCAUCAUGACAAACUGCUGGAGGUUUACUGUCGUACCGAUCAGCAGUGUAUCUGUCUGCUGUGUGUGAUGGAUGAACAUAAAGACCAUGAUACAGUGUCAGCUGCAGCAGAGAGGACUGAGAAACAGAGGCAGCUGGGGAUGAGUCAGCAGAAGGUCCAGCAGAGAUUCCAGGAGAGAGAGAAGGAGCUGAAGGAGCUCCAACAGGCUGUGGAGUCUUUCAAGCGCUCUGCACAGUCAGCAGUGGAGGACAGUGAUCAGAUCUUUACUGAGCUGAUCCGCUCCAUUGAGAGAAGGAGCUCUGAGGUGAAGGAGCUGAUCAGAGCCCAAGAGGAGGCUCAAGUGAGUCAAGCUGAAGGACUCCUGGAGCAACUGAAGCAGGAGAUAGCUGAGCUGAGGAAGAGAAGCACUGAGCUGGAGCAGCUCUCACACACAGAGGAUCACAUCCAUUUCCUCCAGGUAACUAAACUGUCUUGUUACAUUUAUCAGUCUCUCUCUCUCUCUCUCUCUCUCCAGAGGUAUCAGUCUCUCUCCAGUAUCAGUGUAUCUUCAGACUUACCCAGCAUCGUUGUCCGUCCUCUUCAGUACUUUGGAGAUGUGAGUAAGACUGUGUCUGAACUGAGAGAGAAACUAGAAGACUUCCUUAAAGGAGAAUGGACCAAGAUCUCCACUACAGUGAAUAUAGUGGAUGUUGUACUGCCUCCAGAGCCCAAGACCAGAGAACAGUUGUUACAAUAUUCCUGUCAGCUCACACUGGACCCAAACACAGCACAGACACACCUCUCUCUGUCUGAAGGGAACAGAAAGGUGACCUUUACACGCCAAGUCCAACCAUAUCCUGUCCAUCCAGACAGAUUCACCAACCGGUGUCAGGUUCUGUGUAGAGAGGGUCUGUCUGGACGCUGUUACUGGGAGGUGGAGUGGACUGGUGGUGUUGAUACAGCAGUCUCAUAUAAAGACAUCAGCAGAACAGGGAGAGGUAAUGAUGGUGUAUUUGGAUUCAAUAACAAGUCCUGGAGUUUAGAGUGCUCUAGUGAUGGUUAUUGGUUCAGACACAAUAAUGUUGUGACUAAAGUAUCAGGCCCUCAGUCCUCCAGAGUAGGAGUGUACCUGGAUCACAAGGCAGGUACUCUGUCCUUCUACAGUGUCUCUGACACAAUGACCCUCCUCCACAGAGUCCAGACCACAUUCACUCAGCCCCUCUAUCCUGGGUUUGGUCUCUAUGAUUAUAUUGGUUCUGCUGAGCUGGUUAAACUGUAAACUGAUUAGUUAUUAAUUAAAAUUCAAUCCAAUGUUUUAA